AUGCCUUUGCCUUUUAUAACUUUGAAUCAAGUUGAAAAACAAUGGUUAAAAUUUUCAGCUAAAAAAUCACUUGAUAGUAUGAGGAACUCAGCUUUUCUAUUAAAAAACUUACCAAUUGAAUAUAUGAAAGUUAUCACAGUAUUAUUUAAUAAGUGCGCGUCAAAAGGAAAUGUAUUUGAAGCAAGUAAACAUGCUAAAAUUAUAUGUUUAUCUAAAGACGGUAUGUAUCCAACGGAAGAUAAGCUCAGGCCGAUUUCACUUCUGCCUAAUUUGGGGAAGUGGUUUGAACGUUGUAUACAUGAACAAAUACAAGAAUGGUGUAAAGGUAAAGGGAUAUAUACUGAUGAACAAUCAGGCUUCACACCAAAUAGACGUUUACAAUCUCGAAUUCUGUCAAUCUGCGAAGACUUAAAACUAACUGUAGCAGCGAAUAAUCGCCCCGCGUUAUUAAUAUUCGUUGAUUUUCUCUCCGCAUUUGAUAAAAUGUGGUAUCCCGCCUUGAUAGCAAAUUUAGUUGAAUUAGAUAUGCCAUUACCAUUGAUAAAAUGGAUUUAUCAAUGGCUUCAAGAAAGAACUAUGAGUAUACAUCAUGGAGAUUCACAAUCGAAAACCGUUAAACUAUACGUAGGUGCACCACAAGGUUCAGUUCUAGCUGCAACACUCUUUAGAAUACAUAUUCACUUCCUUCCUCAAUAUUUUUUUCGUUUUUGUACGCAUUUAUUUGCCGAUGAUGUAGCGAUUCUUUUAAAAGGUUCAUUAGAAAAAAAGCUAUCUCAAAAUAUAAUUGAACUAGAAAAACAAGCUAAAAUAGCAAUGCAUAUCCUAUUAUCCUUUUCAGAAAAUCAUUUAUUACCUGUGAACGUGAAAAAAACAAAAGCAAUGUUAGUACAUAGUGCAGUAUCUCCAAGUCAACCGAAAAUAUUUUUCCAAAAUCAACAGAUUGAUUUCGUACAAAAUUUUAAAUACCUAGGGGUAGAAAUUCGUGUUAAAUUAGGAUGGGGAAGUUAUAUAAAAACGCGUAUACUUAAAAUUAGAAAUGUUUAUAACGCUCUGAAACAACUUUUCCGACAAAUCCCUAUUGGACUGAUCCAUAUCCGUAAAAAAUUAUUCUAUGCUUUUGCUUUACCCCACUUUAUAUGGCUUUUUAUGACAUGGUUUUACUUUACAGAAAGACAACAAAAUGAAAUAGAACACCUAUAUGCAUCAGGACUACGUAUAGUUUAUAACCUUUGGGGUUGGGAAGACUAUACUGUCUUCGUACUUACAAGAGAAAAAUCCCUUAUGGACUAUCUAUAUAAAUAUUGGGAGAAAAUGAUAAAACAUUUACACACAGCUACCGAGGCCCUUGAUUACCAACAAUCAUGGGAGGCAUAUAUUAUUGCAACCUCUACAAAUCGUAAUUACUAUAAAUCUAUGGGAUUUAGAAAAAACAGUUUUUUUCUUAAUCGUUUGGCAGCAAGGGCUCACCAUGUAAAUUUGGAUAUUUUUACUUUCUUCUGUAUACAUGAGAAACAAUACGAAAUUUUCAAAAGAUCCUCCGCAGUGUUAGAAAGAUUUGCAUAUAAGUAUCUACACCCUCCUUAAUAUAUUAUUUAAAUCGUAAUUGAAACUGAAAUUUUGAUAACUAGUUCUAUUUGACCUUGAUUCUAUUAACUAUCCCCACACAUCUAUACUUGACAUAUACAUUUUUUUUUUCUUUUUCUCUAUCAUUCUUUAAUAUCAUAUACUACAUGAACCUAUAUACUACUUUUAUUUUUUUUUUGUGAAUUUAUAUAUCUCAGACGUCCAGAGGAGAUGACGACAGCUAAGCGAGAGAAAAGAGAAAUAGCUGUUUAUCUUUAUCUUUUUUUAUUGUCAUAAUUGUAUCAGUGUCUGUUAACCCUAUGUGGAACAAUAAACUUUCAUAUUAAAAAAAAAAAAAAAUAUAUGUAUAAGUCCUCUUUAUCAUGUAUCGAUAUUAUGUCACUUACCAUAUCUUCUCUCUUUUGCGUUCUUAUGAUCUCGUGUUGUUCUUUUCUUUUUGAUUUCUUCUUCUCAUUCUCUUUUUAUCUGUUCUCGUAAAAAGUCAAUGCACGAAGCAAAGCUAGCAUUGAUGUAUAAGGAAUAAACUUAACAAUUGUUGCUUCAUCAGAUGCUUUAUAUUUAAUCAUAUUCGAUAUUGUAAGUGCUUCCGAGCGGCACAUUUGAAUAAAGACUACGGAAAAAAAAAGUCGCUGUCGAUUUUUGAUGACCGAUGCCAAUACCAGCUCCAUCGCUACUGUCUGUAGGGCAAUAGUAUAAAAUAUUUUUCGAGAUUAGAGGACGCAAGAUCAGUUGUAACAAGCAAAGUAACAGACAUUUUUCCUUCGUUCUUUCAAUGAGAAAAAAACGUUUUUUUUCCUAUGAAAAAGGAGAAUGAAUCUUUUUAGUUAUGAAAAGGAUGAAAAAGUCGUAUUUUAUUUAUUUUAUUCACUACAAUGCUUUUGCGGUUCUUUAAUAUAUGGAAGCUUUUAAUAGUGUAGACUGCUAUUCGCACUAUAUGUUGUUACAUUUAAAGCGAGAGGAAUAAACUAAAAAAAAAAUGUCGGUUUCCAUGACGCUGCUUGACGGAAGAAGUAGCGUUGAAUUGUCAACUUAUUUUUCUUCUACUUUAAUGGUUCUCUGAAAAUAAUCACCAUUUUUCUGCUAUUUUCAACCAAUCCAAUGCUACUUUCGGAAAUGAAAUGUAUUAGAACAAAAAAAAGUAGAUUGCAUUGCUUCUUUCUUAGAUGGAGAGAAAAAAAAGAGAAUUGAGCUGCUUUAAACGAAGUGUUCUCCGUAAGACUUAUUUUAACAAUCAAACAGUUGGUAAGUAUUUCCACAAAUAUAAAGUAAGGCAUAUUCGACGCUGAUCGGUGGUUCAAUGCAUCUUUCUCAUUGAUAUAUUUACAAAAGGGCUUAAAACUCAUUACAUACUGAAAAAUAAUGUUUUUUCCUGAACAUCGCAUAAUCUCAUCUGUAAAGCUUCUGUCACUAUCGAAAUGAUAUUAUUCUAACUCUCAGGCGAAAUCGAUCGUAAAAAGGGCCUAGUAUAGCAAUCUCAAAAAUAUUUUGUGGUAGAUGAAUAGUCUAUUCAAUCAAAAAACAAACAACAGUUCAUUGAUACGGUAAUUACACCUCUUUCCGACAGACCAGACCUAAAAAAGAACUUCAAUAGUCAUUUCUGGCAGAAUCGAAACUGGUUGACUUUCUUCCAACUGACGAGGACCGAUCGCUUUAGUUCUAGACUUCAAUCGAGGAAAAAGUGGUCGAGUCUUCCGAGCGGAUAAGACCUUCAGAAAAUGCACUUGAAUGAGUUAAGGACUGAUGAAUCUGUUAAAAUGUAUAAAUUCUUUCUUAAUUUGCGAAGUUUUGUUUCGUCAUGUGGCAUUUUCUACCGACUUUACCACAUUUAUGGCACUGUAAGUGUUUCAAUGCGAGAAUUUCGGUUGAAAAGAUGCGUCCCUUUCUAGAACUGCUAUUACAGCGUUGAGCUUUAACUCGUCAUCUCUCGUUUUCCAGUUAGAAUUAACGCGUUUUAAGAAAUUUGUCACUCUCAACAUUUUAGGAGAGAGUGUGGGUGGGGAAGGGGGGGGGGGGGGAGGUGUUCGUUUGGGUCAUUUUCUAAUUACCUACGUCCGAACCCCACACCCCCAUUAGCAAUUACUUUGUUGAAUUUUUUAACAUUUUUGUCUCUUUUGCAUUUCAUUUUUCAAACAGCACACACUCACCAACAUGACUGAAUCAAAUAGUCCUGGUGAUUUAAUGAGCAUUUUUAUUCAAAAGGCUAUAGAAUGUCACAUAGAAACUAAGGAAUCAAGAUUUAUCCUCAUAGCAGUUCACGACGACGAAGAGAAAUUUAAAACUUUCAAGAACAUAGCAACGAGUAAUGAAACUUCUACUCGAAAGUCAUAUGUUUUUGAUAACGUCAGUGACUGUUUCGAGUUUAUUAUUGAAAAAGUCUCCUUGGAUCCAUGUGUUACAAUCAUUAUCUUCGUUGGUGGUCAAUUAGUAUUUGAUCUUAUAUCUUCAAUUCAUGCAUGUGAACAAGUUUCUUUAAUUCUCAUUAUGAAUAAACCGUCAUUCAAAGAAGAAGAACAUGAAUUAAUAAACAAAUAUCCUAAGGUAAACAAAAUACAUUGUUGUCUGCGUACCUAAACGUAAAAUACAUGAUUAUCAGCAUUGUUUUUUAUUAGGUUUGUUCGCUAGCAGUAUGAAUCAACGAGAAAAUAACUGAGUUUUUCCUUUGAAAUGUUUCAAGAUUUCGAGAUAGAACAGUAAUAGAAGGUGUAUACUGCACACAAUUAUGUUGAGAGAUAGACAUCUAACAAAUAAAAUCACUGGUAAAUACAAAAACUUGUGUUUUGAGUUACGUUAUUUAGAAAGAAGCAGACAUUGAACACAAGUACUUGUGUUCAAUAUCUGUAGUGAAAUUUAUUAUGAGAUACUGAAAUUUGAAUGCUUUCCAAUCUGUAAUAAGAAAGUUCAAGAGAAUAAUCUACGAAUGCUCGAAAGUUUUCAAUUAUUCUUCCAAAUAGACGUGUACCGAGCCCGAACUUCCCGGGUCCGGUAGUUCCCAGGUUCGGCUAUUCCCGGGGACCAACCAAUACUAAGUACUGCCUCAAUCCAAAUGUUUCAUUCAAUAUAAUACAGUUUCACUAACAGAUAGAUUUAAUUAAGAAAUUCAUAGCAAAGGUAAAUCGGGGUCGGGGAAUCCGAAUCUGAAGUCAGUUUUUCGAAAUUUUGAAUUGAGCUUUUAGAGUGAAGGGAAGGGUUUUUUGAGAAAAUAUUGAUUUUUUAUAAAGGCUGACGAAAGUAAAUCGGGGUCAGAGAAUCCAAAUCUGAAGUCAGAUUUUAAAAAUUUUGUUGCUGGAUCUUUUUGAUAAUUUUUAUUCAAAAUCUCUGAUAUUUAUGAAAAAUAGAUUUUCGUAAAAAUCCUAGGA